UCACUUUGUUUAGUAUAAUUGUAGAUUGACAUUAACCAACAAAAAAUAACAUCUUGAUUUUCUUCUAUGCUCAUUAUAUUUUACGAGACGGGAUGAGAUUUUUUUUUUUUAUUUCUUUUUCUUCAAAACUUUUUUGCUUGAUAUUAUUAUUUUUUCGUUUUCGUGAAAAUUAGGGUCGGUUGAGCCUGUAGAACAACUAAUUAAGUUAGAGUCGCCUAAUAUUUUAUUUCAAACGACCUCUAUAUAUAUGAUUUUGAAACAAAUUUUAAAUUUAAUUUUAACAAAUAAAUCGUUUCAAAUACGUUUCAAUUUAAUUCAAAUCUCUCUUUUGAAUAUUUCCUAAAUGUUUCAAGAAAAUUAAAAUUAAUUCAUCACAACACAUUGUUUAAUUCGCUUCAGUGCAAAUCACUUCUAAUAUAACAAAACAAUGUUUAUAACACAUUGCCAAUUUCUAAAGAAAUCUAAUUACCAAAAAAUUAUGUAAAUAUCUUUACUAUAGCAUUCUUGGUCACAAAACUACUAAACUGGAUCAUACAGAAAGCGAAAACACCAUCAAAAUCAAUUGUAGAAAGCAAUAACAUAACUUUAGAUCGUAGAUUGUUUUAAAACUCUCGCAAACAGAGUGUAGGGUGUAAAAACUUCCCUGUAUAUUGUUUCAAAAAGUCUUACAAUGAGAUCUACAAUGGAAUCAGAAAAAGUUAUACCUUUGUCUUGACCGCUUAAAGAUCAUCAAAACAGUAUCAUGAAAAAGCAAAAUGCUCAGUAAAACAUUUAAAAGCUCUCACAUCAGGGUUGUAAAAUAAUAAAAUUGACAUAUAUACAUAAAACACUGAGUGAGUAAUGCAGCUGUAUUGACAGCUAAAAAAGGGUUCUGCCACCUAAGUAUCAAGUUAAUAUACUAUCAGUAUUUUAUGUUUUUCUGUUUUAUUAAUCUAAGCACAAUAAAAAAUUAUUACGAAAAUUCAAAUCACUUACAUUGAACCCAUGGUAAAGCAGAAAUAAUUAAGACAGUUUAACUGACCUGUCAGAGGAUGAUUCUAUCCUGUUGUUUUAUCUAUUGUAUCAUAUUGGUUAUAAAUGUUUUCCAAGUGUCAUUUGCAAUUAAUGAAACCACUGUUGCUGCUCCUGUGGAAACAACACAAUCACCUUUUAUCACAACCACUACGACACCUACUACAACCACACCUACUACAACCACAACUACUACUACACCAAAACCUGAACAUAAGAGUAUAACUGUUACUGCCCCCAAUCCAGUGACUUUUGAUCUCCGGAUUUUAAAUAGUGAACAAAACAUAAAAGGACUUGAAAUUAAAAAAGAGGAUACAACAUUUUUCAACUUAAAAGUUGUGGUGAGCAAAUUUGCAUACAACAACAAUACAUUUAACGUACAAUCUUCACAAAAUGGUAUAUCAGUAACAUUGAAAGUUACAUCAUUAGCAGACCAAGGUGAAUAUGUGGGAUAUGUCGUUUUAACAAACAAUCAACGUAGAAAGGAUCGUUCAUUUUCUGUAGAUGUGAUUGGAUGUCCGAAUGUUACUCUCGCAACUAAUACUAUUUCUUUUAAAAAGUUUCAAGAAGAAACAUUGGAAGUUUUAUGUACUGUGUCAAUGUGGCGACCCUCUGGUGUACUUUCCUGGAAUGGAACAUUUACUGAAACGCAAAAAGGAGCCAUGUUAACAGUUGUUUUAAAUACUAUUCAAGUUUAUGUUUUCACUUGCACAGCCAAUAACAGCCAAACAACCUGUCAUAAUAAUGGAAUUGACCGCAAAUCCAUCUCUGUGCAAGUACUUGACCCACGACCAAGUCUACCAGGGAAGUUUAAAGCUACCCCUGAAGAAAAAAGCAUUAUGUUAAAUUGGACUUUACAGCAGUCAGGAAGUUCUAAUUUAAAAAACUAUACUUUGGAAAUAUUCAAUGGGACUAAUAUCUUAAUAGCUACUUUACCACUAAUGAAAGAAUAUUUUAAUCACAAAAAUUUACAACCAUUUCAUACGUAUACUUACAAACUUAAAGCAUGCAAUUCAAGAUAUUGUAGUGAAAAAGUGAAUGUGACAGUUCGUACUCUUCGACAGGAACGGCCAUCUAAACCAACAAAUAUUUUAUCGACAAAAGUAUCACCAUACGAAAUAAGCAUGACGUUCCAACAUGGUGCACACUUAUCUAAUAUAAGUAUAUCAUUUACACGUUUCUGUUGGAAAUUAUUUUUGAGUGGAAAAACAGACAAUGUUGACAAUCUUAUGAAAAACCAAAAACAGUCUUGUGCAGAAGUUAAAGUUAAAGAAAGUUCCUUUAUUAUGAAGAGUUUACGUCCGUUUAGUAAUUACACGCUCACUGCACAAACUUGCAUUGAUAACAUUACAUGCAGUAACCUUGCUUCAAAAUUGGUCAAAACAUCAAUGACUGCGUCAACUGCAGUUAAAAAAUUAAAAGCAACAAAUGGUGCAAAUAAAAAAAUAGAAAUUAAAGUUGUAUGGCAGCGUCCAGACAAGUUGAACUCACUUAUCGUAUACUAUUGGAUAAGUUACAAAUGGAAAACAAAGGAUGGAAAGGAUCAAGAUUUCAAAAAUGAUACUGGAUAUCAAAGUAACUUUUCUUCUACCUCCCGUUAUCGUCGUGAUACGAAUAAUGAUUUUAUUUACACAUUAACCAACUUGUCUGGCAAUACACAAUAUGAGAUUAGUGUAUAUACCAUUAAUCCUGGUUACGAGAAAUCAAGCACAUCGACCGUUGAGAUUACAACCUACCAAGAUGUUCCAUCUCCACCAAAGGAUUUGGUGAAGACUAGUUCAUCUCAUAGUAGUCUUUCGAUAAAAUGGGAACCACCAGCCGAUGAUUCUGUUGUACAUUCAUACCUUGUUGAAUAUCGAAAAAAAGGUCAUUCUAAUAUUGAAAGGAUGCAAGUAGAAACUAAAACAGCAAUUAUAAAAGAUCUGACAGAAAGUAGCCGCUAUGUUGUUUCUGUGAGAGGACAAAUAAAGAGAGAGGAAAUCGGGAAAGUAUUUGCUGGCGAUGAAAUCAGUGAUACUUUUGCCACUGUAAAAUAUGUACCCCCAGUGAAAGAGACAAGUAAAGCGCUUCUCAUCGCCAUUACUGUCACCAUGUUGAUACUUCUUAUCCUUGUGAUCAUCGCUGCUGUGUUGUAUUGUCGACGUCAUGGCUUGUGUGAUGUUACUUUCAAACCAACGUUUUAUGGAGAUAAGGCUGGAGGAGUCCCUUUGUCUUUGCGUCAAAGCCUUAAAACGAUUGAGACUAAACGUGGACCAAUGACUUUAAAACAGCUCGAAGCACACGUAAAAGAUAUGCAUGCAAAUUCGGAUUAUCUCUUCUCAGAAGAGUAUGCAUCUUUGGGCCCAAAUCGUCCAGAUCGUACUUUUCAUUCUGCGCACGCUGCUGAGAACACAUCAAAAAAUCGUUACCGUGAUAUUGCAGCCUAUGAUCAAACACGUGUUCGUCUAAUGUCACUUGACGGUGUUCCUGGCUCGAAUUACAUCAAUGCAAAUUUUGUGGACGGCUAUCACAAAACUUCAGCUUAUAUCGCUACUCAAGCCCCAUUAAAUCAUACAAUAUCUGAUUUUUGGCGAAUGGUUUGGGAGAAUAAUAGUCGUAUCAUUGUAAUGCUAACAAACCUGGUGGAGAGAGGGAGGAUAAAGUGCGACCAGUAUUGGCCAUCAGAGAGAUUUGCAUCUUAUAAAGGAUUCGAUGUUACUCUGGAAUCAACACAACAAUACGCUACUUACGUUGUGCGGGAGUUCUCUGUAGUUAAAAAAGCUAUUACCCUGCCAUCUGGCCUACUCACAUCAGAGGGCGAGCCACGCACAAUAUGGCAGUAUCAUUACACAGAGUGGCCAGAUUUUGGCGUGCCGCGAGAACGCACUUCUAUUUUAUCAUUUAUAUUAAGAACAAGGGAACAUGCAGAUGAUUCCCCUGCACCUCCUAUACUACACUGCAGUGCAGGGGUUGGGAGAACAGGUACAUUCGCUGUUCUCGAUGCCCAAAUGAGACGAUUAGACCAUCGACAGGAUAUAGAAAUAUAUAAUUUUUUGAAAAAUAUUCGUCAGCAGCGUAGUUAUCUUGUUCAACAAGAGUGUCAAUACAUCUUUAUUCAUGACGUUUUGUUGGAUUAUGCGCGUGCUGGUCAGACGAUGAUACCUCUCAUGGAUUUAGAGAUGGUUUUAAAUCAAGAUUAUUGGUGUGCGGAUGAAGAAGUUGUCACAAAGUUAAAAAGAGAGUGGCAGUUGCAUGACCAGUUCACCACAGCAUCGCAUUUACAAUCAGCUGGCCAACGCCCAUGUAACCGCCCUAAAAAUAGAGAGCAAAGUAUUCUACCAGUGGAUUCCACUCGCGUUCAUUUGUUGAUGAAGGCUGCAAUAGAAGGGUCUGAUUAUAUAAACGCUUCGUUUGUUGAUAGUUACUGCUCAAAGAGAGCGUAUAUUGUCACACAAACACCGUUGAAAUAUACGAUAGAAGACUUUUGGAGAAUGACAUGGGAAAAUAAUGCGCAAAUUAUUAUCAACUUGUUAACAUUCGAAGAAAUGAAUGAGGAUGAUUAUUUUGCCUACAUGCCAGCCAAGCUGAAGGAGAAAAUGAGUUUUGGUAAAAUUGAUAUCGUUCUCGUCGACGAGAAAGCUAUGAACAAUUACGUUAGAAGAACAUUGAAUGUGAAACAUGCAGAAGAUUCUCAUAUAAGUGAACGUCAAAUUUAUCAUUAUCACUUUUACAAUUGGGCUCACGAUUUCUUUCCAAGAACUGCUUUUCUCUUUGAGUUGAUGAUGGACGUGUUAGAAUGUAAAGGAAGUCUUCCAAAACCGACUUCACCGAUUGUUAUACACUGCAGGUGUGGUAUUGGCCGAUCUGGAUUAAUUUGUGCCCUGUUUAACUUAAAAGAACAAAUUGAAGAUAGUAAAAAAAUCAUCGAUGUAUUUUCCGUUGUUCGUAUGUUAACUGCCCAAAGACCCUGCAUGAUAUAUAACGAGACACAGUAUGAUUAUUUAUACAAAGCCGUGGUCGCUCUUAAACAUUUUUUGAAUGAAGACUCAUCUUCCUGAAACAGUUUGUGCAAAAUCAAAAAAUUGCUUUGGAAAAAAACGAGAGAACAUUUCAUCUGUUGAGGCACGUUCCAUUCGACAGCAUUUUCCGCUAUCGCGCAAGAAGCUAACGAGUUUUUUUGUUAGCGCAUGCGCACUUAGACGAAAUCUCUAAUUUUAAAAGUGUGAACGUGCUAACAAACAAAUUGUUAGCUUUCUGCACGAUAGCGAAAAAUGCGGUCGAAUUGGAGCGAGCCUUUGGAUUUAGUUUCAAGACAUCAGACAAAUGUUUUUGUGUACAUAUGUUGAGUAGUCUGUGAAUGGGAGAUAAGUCAAAUUUAUUUAAAGUAAAACUUUUGUUUUUAAGAAAUUUUAAAUAUUUUUAUAGCUAUAUAUUAUAUUUUUUAUUAUUGCAGUUGGUUUUUGUGUACUGUUUAAACUAAAAGUCUAGAUAUAAAAUCUCAGCACGCCCUGAAUAGGAUUUUCAGCCCCAUGUAAACGUUUCACGAAAAACGACACUCGUUAUAUUUUUAGGCUAAUGUAAGAGAUAUUAGCUGUCUUUAUUUUAGUCUUUGUUUUAUGUUUGAUUAUCAGCCUCGCUUCCAAGCGUUAUUAAAAACGAAAUAAUAAUUCUUCGAGUAUUUUGAGAACUUUUAAUCGGGUUAAUAAUGUAUGUUCAUUUUGUAGGUAAUUUAAACUCUCCCACCCAACUUUCAACCCAACACGUCUAGGUAUAAAUUUGGGGUGGUUAAGUCUAAUUCGACUCAGUGAGACAAAUGUCGUUUUGUUUUUAGCGUGCUUAUGUGUGUUGCCCACUUUUCUGUGUAGAAAUUUUUUUCUUUAUUUUUUGUCCAUUGUGAAUAAAUAGUUUUUUAGUCACUUUUUUAUUUAUGACAAUUUUUAAUUACAUCACAGAUUAAAUAAAUGUCGAUUUCUCUUUUUCCACUCUACAGCAGGUAGACAAUUUUUACACCCGUUACACAUGACUUACUUCCAGUAGCGGAGAAGAUGUAACAAUCACAAACGAUCCACCUCGUUCCCAGCGCCUGUUGUUUCUUUUUUUAAUUUCGAAGUCAGAAAAGAAAACUGAUUCUUUCGAUAUUGUAUCUCGUAUUGCACAUAAUUAUUCGCACUGUAUGAAUAAGCAAAGGAAAGUAUCAGCAGACACGAAACAUCAUUAUUUGGGGCGUUAUACUACUGUUAGAGAUGCGGUUAGUUCUGCCUGAGGCUAAAGGCUUUUUGGCGCGAAAAAUGCAAAUUGAAAUUGGAAAUCGAACGGCGUUCAAAUUUUAUUUUCUAAAGGAAGAGAAGACGAAAGAGAACGCAAGCAGGAAAAACUGCAAAGGAAACUUAUAAAUAAUAAAGUUUUGUCAUUUUAGCAUAGCAAAGGGGAAAAAAGAAUAUUAAUAAAGUUUAUCACUUUUGUGUGUUUUAUAACGGUUUGAAUUAAUUUCCUAGCUCCCAGACAAGAAAAUUUUUUGGAGAUAUUUUUCACGGGCAUGAAAGUUUUAAUUCAUAACAGCCACCAUCUUAAAUGCAAUGCUUUUCACAAUUUCCAUCAAUGUUUAUACCACGUGAUGAAUUUCACGCAUUUUUAUUAGCCGAAAAAAAAAUUACUGGGAAAUCUCUAAAAAUGUUGAAAUUUUUAACUAACUUAAUUUCGUCCAAUAGACCUUUUCAUAAAUUAUUGCGCAAUAGUAUGCCUCGUAUUGAAAACGAGACAAGCGGUGCUAAACUUUUUUGUAAACAAAAUGUCGGAGGGGAAUACGAAGAAAAAACAUAAAAGAUCUCAAGGAAAGCAAUGUGCUGUUCCGUACGAUGUCAUUCAUUGUACGAAGUUGGGCUUUUUUGCCGUAGCGCUGAGAGUGACCAUCCUCGUACAAAACUGACCAUCUUCGUACAGCGGCGAAUAUCGUCAAAAAAUGAAACUUUUAUAAUAAAAUAAUAACUUUUUUGAAAUAUCUUUUUUUCUUUUAAGUCAUUUGCAAAAAAAGACAUUUGUUUUACGAUUUGGAUGCCUCUUUGGAAAAAUGCUAAUAU